CCCGGGACGAGAAUAGCUUGGAAACUUAAAACCACUGCAUAUCUGCAUGCUAGCUUAUUCCGCAAAGAAAACUUAUUCGCGAUUAUUCUUUUAUAUAUAUUAAUUAUUAUUAUUGAUUAUUGAUUAUUAUUAUUAGAUAUGGGUGCUAAAGGAGGGGGAGGGGGAGGGGGAGGGGGAGGGAAUAGGUGGAGCAGGUGCUUGAGGGCGCCGCUACGGGUGCUGUGCCGCGCACGUGACCUGUACGUGCGGAGCAUGGCGGAGUGCGCGGGGCACGUGCAGUACGAGGGCGCGGCGUUCGGGUUCCCGGCCUAUGGCGAGGUGCCACGUAGCUUCAGCCUCCGCUCCGACGGCGGGGGCUCCGGGGAGGAGGACCUGCGGGAGCUCAUCCGCGCCGCGUCGACGGCGCAGGGGCGCCGCGCCGCGCUCGGCGGCGUGGAGCGGAGCCAGAGCGUGGCGGUGGGGAGGAUCGACGAGGGCUCCAGCUUGCUCUUCCCGAGGAGCCGGAGCUGCGCCGGAGCCGGAGCCGGAGCCGGAGCCAAGAAGAGGGCCAGGGCGUUCUCGUAA